GACCAAUUUAUCCCCAGUCCAGAACCCUGUUCUGUUGCAAUAUGUCGGCGGCGAGACGUCGAGAGCGCGUGAAUGUGGUGUGGAAGCCUGCACACCUGACGGGAGUGCUGGUCCUUGCGUUGACCUUCGUGAAUGCGUCAAGUGUCGUGUAUGUGGUGCGCGUUCUCCUCUUCCUGUACUUCAUCAUGGCGAGUCUGGACUUGGCUCUGACUCGCUACCAUCUCUGGAACUUCGAGUCCACAACCCCCGAGCUCAAGCGCUAUGCUCUGGUAACUGGUGCGUCUUCUGGACUUGGCAGGGAGAUGAGCUACUUGCUGUCGGAGCAAAAGUAUUCGCUUGUAUUGGCCGCACGCACCGAGACGGUAUUGGAGCGUAUGCGCGCUGAGAUUGAGCUGGUGAACCGCCCCACCGAAGUGCUGGUGUGUGUCUGUGACCUGUCGACGACUGGCGGGAUCAAUAAGCUCAUCAAACUCGUCAAAGACAAGGAUUUGGUCAUCGAUAUCCUCGUAAACAACGCAGGAGCUUGUCUGACGAAAGAUUUUAUCGAGCUAAAAGAGAAAGAGAUCGACGAACUCAUGACUUUGGACAUGCUCGCGAUGGUCAAACUCACUCGCGCUAUCGUGCCACAAAUGGUGGAGCGUAAGGUUGGCCGUGUGCUCAACAUCAGCUCCAUUGCCGGGGCGCUCGCUGUCCCCACCGCUGCGCUGUAUGGUAGUAGCAAGGCGUUUAUGACGAGCUUCAGUCAAGCGUUGAGCUACGAACUGAGAUCGACUGGUGUCACCGUCACGUGUGUCUGUCCUGGACCGGUGAAUACGAAUUUCAGUAAGACAGCGGAUCUGGAUAAGGCAGUGUGUAUGACGUUGCCGGGCCUUGCAGCCGACGCAAAAGACACGGCCAAGAAGGCGCUAGACGCCAUGUUCAAUGGUGAAAUACUCGUGUACGAUACCUGGUUCGCCUACUUAACUGCCAACCUGGUGCAGUCGAUCAUUCCAGGGCGUCUGGCUGCAUUCUGCUAUGGCGCAGGGAUGCACGAGCUCAAGAAUAUUUGGCAAAUGGCGAAGAGAUAGAUCGUGCAAGACGACAAGGAAUUUUGAGGUUCCCUCAUUUUUAUGUUAGCGUUUUUAAUUGAGGAAGUGCAAGAG